ACACAGUUCCAAGGACUAAUGAUUACUGAUACAUUCCAAUUUACAAAACUCAACCAUCACCCAACUUUUCAGCAGAGUUCUCUUCAAUGGCUACCACAUCUUCGUCUUCCCUUUCAAAGAAAUUGAGCAAGUCCUGUACUCUUCUCAUCUUCAUUAGCUGCUCGUUGUGGCUGUCUGAGGCAACAAAGAGUCUUGUGCCUGGUCAGGACUUGACAGACAACAAGACUUUGGUGUCAUCUAAUGAGGUGUUUGAACUAGGAUUCUUUAGGACUGGUGGGUCUUCCUCAAGAAACUACUACUUGGCCAUCUGGUUCAAGGAUGAUCCUUACAAGAAACCCGUCUGGGUCGCGAAUCGAGAUUACCCGCUUCUUGAUUCUUCCUGUGUUCUCUAUAUCAGGUUUGAUGGGAACUUGGUGAUUUCUGAUAGGAGGAACAUACAAUUCUUGGUCAAUGCUGAGAUGUUGGCUGCUAGUAAUAACACAAAUGCCACAUUACUUGAUUCUGGCAAUUUUGUCCUUGUGGAAGGACUAAGCACUGUCUGGGAAAGCUUUUAUUAUCCAUCAGACACAUUCCUGCCCGGCAUGAAACUAGGGUUUCUCGAUAUAGGCACUGAUAAGUCGAGGGACCAAUUUCUUGUUUCGUGGCAGAGUCCAUCUGUUCCAGCCACCGGUUCUUUCUCUCUUGCUCUGUUCAGACACAACAAGACCCAACUCAAAGUGUGGCACCGCGCGGACGUCUCGAGACUAAUCGGGUAUUACGAUGGUCGGAGAUUCAGGUUCCUCUUUAACAGCUCGCUCAAUAAUUACAAUUUCACUUUCGCGUCUAGCAGUACUGAUCUUUACUUAACUUUUGCUACUAAGGGAAAUAAUAGUUGGUCCUGGUUUGUAAUGGCCCCGUCAGGAGAAAUUCAGGUUUUCACGAUGAUUGGGAAGGAAAUUUCGUUAUCGUAUAGUCCGAUUUGUGAAAAUACUUCCUCUAACAGUGCGGCCGACUGCUAUAUUGAGAAGCCACCAUUUUGCGCAGUCGGGAAUAACUUUUCAAGGAUAGAAGGGUCCUUGCCAAAUCCUAGCACUUUCGAUGAGUCUGAUACUCUGGGCAUUAGUGACUGCGAAAUAAUAUGCAGGAGUAAUUGCUCUUGUACUGCUUUUGCUUCUUAUCAUGAUGACGGUAGUGGAUGUCAAUUUUACCAUGGAGAUGUACAGUUCACUGUGGAUGAAACUGGCCAAGGGAAUACCACCGUGUUUGUUCGCGGGAAUAUCACCAAACCCGCUCAUCGGUUUCCAAGGAAUAGCGGUCAUUGGAAAAAGAGGCUGCUAUGGCUGAUAAUAACCAUUCCCGUAGUUGUAUUUAUUGUUUCAGCAUUUGGCGUUAUCUCAAGAAGGAAAAGUCACACCUGCAUAGCAUGGCAUGUGAAAGAAACAAAUGCAAAAAGAAGCCUGGAGUUGUUCCUGAACCAAAUGGGUACUGAUGUCUCAGAGAAAACUCGAGACAGCCUCUCUAGUAAACUCAAAUCUGUCAGAAAGAGAGAUCAUGAGCUGCCAAUUCUCAGCUUUUCUUGUGUGUCAGAGGCCACGGAUAAUUUUUCUCCUGCGAAUGAACUAGGCGAGGGUGGUUUUGGGCCUGUUUAUAAGGGUAUGCUGUUGGGGCAUGAAAUUGCAGUGAAGCGACUUUCUAGGAAGUCCAGACAAGGGCUAGAGGAGUUCAAAAAUGAGGUUCAGUUAGUUUCCAAGCUCCAGCACCGGAACCUUGUCAGGGUGCUCGGUUGUUGCAUUGAAAGAGAAGAAAGCAUCUUGAUCUAUGAGUACAUGGCUAACAGAAGCUUGGAUUCCUUUCUUUUCAAUCCUAACAAGAAGCCACUGCUGGAGUGGAAGACACGUGUGUUUAUAAUCCAAGGAAUAGCUCAAGGACUUCUUUAUCUGCACCAGCAUUCCAGAUUAAAGAUCAUCCACCGCGAUCUGAAAAGCAGUAACAUUUUGUUGGAUAAAGACAUGAACCCGAAAAUAUCAGACUUUGGGUUGGCGAGAAUUUUCGGGGAGAAUGAAGUGUGGGCAAAGACCACUAGGGUAGUCGGGACAUAUGGUUACAUGUCUCCAGAGUAUGCUGUUCACGGCCAUUUCUCUACUAAAUCUGAUGUAUUCAGCUUUGGAGUGAUCAUGCUGGAGAUCAUUAGCGGCAGAAAGAAUACAACAUUCACUCAUUUGGAUCGUUCUCUAAACCUGCUAGGAUAUGCUUGGGAAUUGUGGUCCUCUGGUCGAGGCAUUGAGUUGAUGGACCCUGUAUCAGUUGAUCCGUCUUCUGCAAGAGAAUUCUCUCUGUCCCUACACAUUGCGCUAUUGUGCAUACAAGAGCUACCAGAAGACAGACCAAACAUGUCAUAUGUUGUUUCAAUGCUAACUAAUGAGAGUGCCAAUCUGCCUUCACCAAAACAGGCAGCGUUUUCUUCACGCGAAAGGAAUUGCAGUGGGCAAGAGCGGCAAGGUUGCUCAUUGAAUGAUAUAACAUAUUCCGUUAUGGAAGCGAGGUAGCGAGGCAAUUCUUUUUGUACGGAGGAUUUAUCCAUAAUCAAACUGUUUCUAGAUCACAAAAUUUCAUUUCAUUAUUCACAGAGAAGGGAGGAAGAAGGGGAGCACAGCUCUUUUUUUCUUUUUUUGAUUAGAUAGCACCUUCUUUAAACUAAUUGUUCCAUUUCAAUUUUUGUCACUGUGGUUAAUCAUGCAAGGAACAAACUCCUGAUUUAGUUCA